GAGCGCUGUGGGGCGAAGGAGCGACCCGGCCCGAUCCUUAUCCCGACCGUGAUCCCGAUCGCGAUCCCGAUCGCGAACCUGGGACCCGGCCCGGCCCUGCUGCCCCGGCCAUGCUGUCGUGGGGAGCGGCGGGCGGCCGGGCGCUGCGCUGGGCGAACGGGCGGGUACCGACCCGCGGGUUCCGCGCCUCUCCGCGGGCGCGGAUCGCCAUGCCCAGCUGGGUCAUAGACCGGUACGGCAGCAACGACGUGCUGCGCUUCACCAGGGAGAUGAUGUUCCCCAUCAUACACUUCCCGAACGAGGUCAUCAUUAAGGUUCACGCUGCGAGCCUGAACCCCAUCGACCUCAGCAUGAGAAGUGGUUAUGGUGCAACUGCGUUAAACAUGAAGCGGGAUCCCCUGAAACUCAAAGCGGGCGAGACUGAAUUUCCUCUGACUCUUGGUCGAGAUGUCUCUGGUGUGGUUAUGGAAUGUGGACUGGGUGUGUCUUAUUUCAAACCUGGCGAUGAGGUGUGGGCAGCAAUUCCCCCAUGGAAACAAGGCACUCUGUCAGAGUUUGUAGUAGCUAGUGGAAACGAGGUAUCUUUUAAGCCAAAGUGUCUCAGUCACACAGAAGCUGCUGCCUUACCAUAUGUUGGUCUCACUGCGUGGUCUGCACUGAACCAAGUGGGAGGACUGAACCAAAGUAACUGUAGUGGGAAAAGAAUAUUAAUAUUAGGAGCUUCAGGAGGAGUUGGUACAUUUGCUGUACAGCUAAUGAAGGCCUGGGAUGCUCACGUGACAGCAGUUUGCUCUCAUGAUGCCAGCACACUGGUGAAAAAGCUUGGAGCAGAUGAUGUGAUUGAUUAUAAAUCUGGAAAUCUGGAGGAGCAGCUUAAAACAUUACCCUUGUUUGAUUUUAUCCUAGAUAAUGUUGGUGGAUCCACUGAGAAGUGGGCACUAGAUCUCUUGAAGAAAUGGUCAGGAGCAACGUAUGUUACUUUAGUGACACCUUUCCUGAUCAAUAUGGACAGACUUGGAGUGGCUGAUGGCAUGUUGCAAACAGGAGUCACUGUUGGUUCCAAAACUCUAAAGCAUCUCCUUAAAGGAGUCCAUUAUCGGUGGGCGUUUUUCAUGCCGAGCGGCCCAAGUUUGGAUGAAAUAGCAGAGCUGGUUGAUUCUGGAAAGACACAAGAGUUCUCGUAAAAGGACAGACCAUCCAUUCAGAAGAGAGUAGGUGUUUGGGAAAAAAGGCAGGAGAGAAUCACUGGAGAAAUUGUACCACAAUUUCCUAUAAGUAAGUGAAAUGUUUGUGUUUGGAUAGGAAAGAAUAAAGGAGAAAUUUAAAA